UCUUACAGCUCACACACGGCUGACUGGUGCCACGCUGCGGCGCCUGCUCAGUGCGUCCCCGCCGCUGCUGCUCGGAUCCUGGACGAGGGGCUUCUCUGUCUUUACGUCUUCUACACUCUGUAUGUGUGUGUGAGACAGAGCGUGAGUGUGUAUGUGCUGUCUGAUGAUAUCCUAUGGAUUGACGGAGGGAGGCUAUUGUUGUCAGCCCGGUGGUUUAUUCUGCUGGAGCUGCACUUUCACCGGAGAAUGCCCAGAGGAACCGGAGCUGUGUUACUGCACGGAUAGCGCAGAAAUCCACCCGAGAAACACGAUAUUGACAUGAAGAAAGACAUUGAGACUCUAAUAGCAGAGGAACGUGCUGAUAUCAUCUUGAAAUAUGCUACGGGCAGGCAGGGUGGGGUGGAGAUUGACCCGUGGGAAGAUGCUGACUACAGUAUCUACAAAGUCAUCGACCGCUUCGGCUUCAUGCACGAAGACGAGCUGCCAGCCCCGACUGCACAUGAAGAAAAGAGGAAGCAGCUUGAGAUAGAGAGGGCGGAGAAGUGGCUGAAGAUGGUGAAGAAGUGGGACAAAUACAAAAACAGCGACAGGAUGGUGAAACGGGUGUACAAGGGCAUCCCCCUGCAGCUCAGAGGCCGGGCCUGGGCUCUGAUGCUGGAUGUGGAGAGAGCGAAAACGGAGAACGAAGGCAAAUAUGAGACAAUGAAGGAGCAGGCCAGACUGUACUCAUCUGAGAUCAAACAGAUCGACCUGGACAUCAACAGGACCUUUCGAAACCAUAUCAUGUUCAUGGAUCGCUUUGGAGUCAAGCAGCAGUCUCUUUUCCAUGUUCUUUCUGCAUACUCGGUCUACAACACAGAGGUGAGCUACUGCCAAGGGAUGAGUCAGAUCGCUGCCCUGCUGCUGAUGUACAUGAACGAGGAAGACGCCUUCUGGGCGCUGUCACAGCUGCUGACCAAUCAGAAACAUGCUAUGCAUGGAUUUUUUGUUCCCGGAUUUCCCAAACUUCAGCGAUUCCAGGCACAUCAUGAUCAGAUUAUUUCCAAACUCAUCCCCAAGCUAAAGAAACAUCUGGACAGAGAGCAGAUGUCUGCAGGGAUUUACAGCACGAAAUGGUUCCUGCAGUGUUUCAUUGACAGGACGCCGUUCACACUGACUCUUCGACUGUGGGACAUUUUCAUUCUGGAGGGAGAGCGGCUGCUCACCGCUAUGUCCUACACCAUCCUGAAGAUACACAAGAAGCGGCUAUUGAAGAUGUCUCUGGAGGAACUCAGAGAGUUCCUGCAGGAGCGAAUUGCUCAGACUUUCUUCUACAGCGACGACGUGAUCAUCGAGCAGCUUCAGGCCUCCAUGACUGAACUGCGAAAGAUGAAGCUGGACCUUCCUCCUCCAGGGAAGCCUGAUGAGUUGCCUCGUAAGCAGCUGGGUCAGGAGCUGCCGGUGCUGUUGAGUCCAGUCCAGCCCUCCAGAGGGAAGCAGUCCUCAGCAAGCGGGUUCCCCAGAGCAGGUCUCAGCCUCCACAUCAUCUCCCACCAACCUGACUCCAUAUCCCCAGAGCAGAGCCCCUCCAAGGACCCCAAGGAUCUCGAUGUCGUGGACGAGGAGGAGGCCCCGCUGCCUUCCCCAGAUCCCAUCAUCAUCCACAGCCAGGCCCCGCUCACUCCCGAUGGCUCCCCACUGACAGGGCCUCCGCCUUACCAGCCCCCAGGGAGUGAGGCAGUGGUCAUAGAGGCUCACCCCUCACCACCAGAUCAGGGAAGGGAUGAAAUGCAACCGCAGAUUGCAGACGCACUUUCCCUAGCCUCCACAGACGACUCCUCUGUGGUCAAUCGCUCAGCUGGCAACACCGACCAAUCCUCCUGCAAGGUCCCACGGACUCUUUCAGCUCCUGUAGCCCAGGCGGCUUUGCCGGCUUCUGGACUGUCUCAGUCAGAGAGUUUGUCUGCAGCAGAGAGAGCUGAGGACAGUUACCUGGCCCAGCUGCUGGAGCAGGCCUCAGCUCUGCCCACCAACAGGAACCUGAACCAGGACUUGAGUGAAGCAUCAGAGGAAACACAGCAGGCUCUGGACAUUUAAUGAAAUGAGCACCAGUUUAUUGAUUAUAUGCCCUCUCCAUUUCUUGGAUUGUGUGUCAGUGGCAUGGAUUGGCUCUGCCUUUUUCAACUGUUUGGUACAUUAAAUGUUCUGUAUGGGUCAAGCUCAGGCAGUUCAAACAGUUUGGUGGAUGAGGAUACUGUUAAUGUUUUGGUGAAGAACUACAGAAGUAGGAUUUAUCAGUCAGAGUAUAAAUGUCAAGCAAUAAGUGCUUAAAAUACGUUAUCAAUUUAAGGAGCAGUAUGAGUUUUAGUAAUCUAAUUUGUCGAUUUUUAAGAGACAGAGAUCUUUUGAGAAAACCAUGAACUUCUUUCCUGAGUUUGUAAAAUUAAUUCAAACUCAGCAGAGCACUUUGUAAUGACUGAAAUGCAGUCUGAAGCUCUUGCACUGCUUGCACUAUGGAAGGAGCAUGCGGGUAUAUGACAGUGUCAUCCACAUAUACGUGCAUUUUUGCUUGAACGUCUUUACACAAAUCAUUUAUAAAAAUAGAAAACAAAAUAGGCCCCAAGAUGCAACCUGGGGGACACCUGUAGUUAUCUCAAGAAAUAUGCAUAUGUGCACUGGGCUCUAACUAAACACUGGCAGCCACUCACAUAUAAAAAUGAUUCAUGAAAUUUGUCAUGUGGGGUCUGUCCAAUCACAUUGGUUUAUAAUGCCUAUAAUAGUGCUGUAUCUCAUCUAUAUUGUGCAGUAUUGUGCAGUUAGCAAUAAUGUUGCAACCCCACACUGAAUCCUGGAGGGACAGCAUGUGUUCUUUUCAUCCAGCAUAAGUUCAGUCACAAAAAUGCAAUCACUGCGCAUUCACAAAUAAUUUCUCCUAACAUAGGUUGUCUCUGCCUGAGUGCCAUCUCCUACUGCUGCUGAUAGGUUAAACACCUCUGGAGCUCUCCCCAACAUCAACAGAGAUGGACGUGAUUUCCUCUUGAAGAGAUAGUUUGGAUUUUUGAGGUGGGGCUGUAUGAGGUACUUAACCAGAGUCUGUGUAUUACAUGCAGUAGAUGUCAGUCAGCACACCCCCAGUUUGAAAAGCAGGCUGGAGUCAAACGUAGAAGCUAGGCAAUUUACAGCUGUGAAGGGGUCAGCAACAAAUCUAUUUUAGCCACCUAAAAAAAAGUCCCACCUAAAAAAUUAUUAUCAGUUUAAGCAUAUGCUAUAUUGACAGUAUUUUCACCACUUGACCUUUCCGUUAGACAGCCCAUUUUCACAAGGAAGCUGCCAACAGCCACCAGGCUCAUUUGAGAAAAACAGUAAUUUUAGCUUGCUGGACACAGAAGCUGCCAGUCCACUGCUGCUUCGAACAAUUAGUUAGUUUGUGUUAUUGUGUGACUUUGUUAAAUAUAGACUAACUUUUUAACUAAUGCCAAAGUCACACAAUAACACAUACAAACUAACUGAUUGAGGCUACAGUAGAUCAGCAGCUCCUGUGUUCAGCAAUGUUUAGGUACUGUUUUUCUCAACAGAGUCUGGCUUCGAAGAGAGCAAUACAAGGGCUCAAUUUUCCCAGUGAAACCACUUGUCUGACAUUAAAGUAAAACUGAACAUUUUGUUGCUGCCCCCCAUCCACAGCAGUACAUAGCCUAGCUUCAGACUCCAGCCUGCUUCUCCAAACUAGGGGCGUGGUGACUGACAUCUACUCAAUGUAAUGUAUUGUCUAUGGAUAAGUGUUCCAUACAGUCCCUUCCAAAGAUCUGAAAUAUCCCUUAAGAUAAUGUUUCAGCUUCUAGGCACAAAAGUAGGAUUGCAUGUGUCACUAGGAAUUUGUGGCAAGUAAGGACUGAUUUUCUACUGUGAGAUGCUCAAUACAUAUGGACCCAGUUUGUCUUCCGUUGCUCUGCAGGAGCUUUGUCAAGUCUAAAAAAAAAAAAACCCUGAUGAUGUCAUGCUGAUGUCAUCAUAGUUGUCUCGAAUCGAGUUUAGAGACUACAAAUCUCUAACAGAAGUCUUAGUCACAAACUGGGGAUGUAGAGUUUAACAGAUGUGUGUAGUUUCCAAGCAGGGAGGGGCUAAUAUAAGAUGCUAUUGAGUUGACUUGAUGGGAAAUGUCGGAUCUAAAGGUUCUGGAGCUUGACCCAAACUAGGGAUUAAAGUUUGGCCAUUCUGUUUUUAACCUGUCUUUCACAAACCCGCAGCUUCAUGAAGGUGGAAUACUCUCUAGUGCAGACAAAAUGAAUGUGUUUUAAAUCUCAAAAAUAUCGGUAUUGGAUGAAAGAAAAUAGAAAUUAUCAAAUUACUUUAACAAAAUACUUUUAACACUAGCUAAAACUCUGACCUGUGCAGAGCAAAUGUACCUCACAUUGUUACCUUCCACGGCACAACAAUCCCUUCAAGAACACUCCUCUCUUGCUUUUGAUGCACACCACGUUAUUUUUAUUUUGAGAAAUUGUGCUCAUUUCCCAGGGACCUGAUUCUCACAGGAGAAGUAGGAUGAUAAGGAGACACAGCUACACUGACUGACUGACUGACUGACUGACUGACUGUCAAGACACCUCUGGAGUAUUCAAAAUCACAUGCACACUGUUUCCUGUUUGGCUGAAAAAGUCUGAAUUACCUGGAUAGUGACUUUGAUGGAGUUUUACUGCUGCAGAGAGGAGUCUGAAAGCAUACAGAAAUCUCUGAGGCAUCACCCUUUACAAUAAAAUAAACAUUUUUGUAGUUUUGUAACGUUUCGUCAGAGAACAUGUUGCUCAGUCAGCCUUUGUAAUAUGUUUGCUAGCAGAGUUACAGUUUUAUUUUUUGUACCAAUGUCUUGAUGCCUUAUUUGGAUCAGCUUCAGUUCUUCUGUGGACGUUGUUGAUGUUGAACCGUGCACAACAACAGAGGAAGUGAGGUCAUUUGACACAGCACGAGGACAAAAAACAACUUUCAGGUGUUAGACUGAACACGAAACCUCUGACAUGGUGAGCUGGCUCACUGUUAUGAUUGUACACAUUGAAACCUAUUAAGCUCAUUAGCUCAAAUAAGUGGUUUUCUAGCUCAGUAAUUUAUUGUUUUAUCUUCUUAGAAAGACAUCCAGGUCAUUUCACUGCUCUUGUGCUCAAUCUUCUCAAGAACUGGAAUAUUUGCUGCAUUUCCACUGAGCUCCUUGAACAGUGAAAAUACCCUUUUGUUUUUUAAUCCUACAGAAGAGGAUCUGGAAUGGAUUUAGACUUGUCAGAUAGAUUUUAAUAGCUUUGUGUUUGUACAGUAUUGUAGAACCAGUGGGUAAGAAGAGUUAAAGCCAGUUUUCCCAUCUGACGGUAGAAAAAACAUUUCUUCAGCUUUAGUGCUUAGAAAUAGUGAAAGGUUGACAUCUUGUGGUUGCUUUAGGUUAGGCAUGACUCUAUUUAGAUCUAGCACAGAGGAGUAGAAGUGUUUUAGAAAGACUUUUGAACAUUUAGAAUUAAUCCAAAUGACAACAGAUUCGAUUGGAAAUAUUUUAAGUUUUGCAAUUUAAUGCCAUUAUUUUGAAUUUUGUGAACAUACUGUGGCUAUUAAUGACAUUUGACUGUAUUUCAAACUAAAUAUGGUUUAAAUAGGCUAAUUGUGUAUAAAAGUAGCCACAGUUGAACCAAUGGACCAAUGUGCAGGAAGUUUUCUUUAGCUUCUUUGGAGGUUGGGGUCUUAAAAUUAGGUGAAGUUACAGUAUAGUACUAUGUCAUUGUUGUGCACUUCAGGUCAGAUUGUGGAGAUAAAACAAAGUGUUUGAGUCUUGGCUUGAGAUUUGUUGUCUACAUUGAAACCUACAGCACCUUUUGUUAUAAGACAUUGAUGAAACCCUGGAGCUGAAAAAAAAAAUACAACUUUUAUCU